UACAAGUGCAAACUCGCAAGCGACACUCAUUUUCCUGGUGCGUGUGAAUUCAGAAGAAGGGCAAAAUGAGAGAUCCUGUGAGCGGGUGUACUCAUGAUCGGAUGUAUCAACAUAUCAAGAUGUUUGCCAAAAAUGGUGACAGUUACUCCAAAGAACUCAUAUCUGUCCUUCAGCAGAGAGCUGACCUAGAAAAGAAGUACGGCAAAGGACUCUUGCGACUUGCAAACAAAAUUACCAAAGCAUCUGCCAAUAUAAUUAAAAACUCCAUAUUUGAUGGGUGGAACUGCAUCUCUCAAGAAAUGACGUUUACUGCAGAAUUGCACGGGAAAUUAGCCAUUGCCAUUCAGCAAGAAGCAAUUAAACCAAUCCGUCAAAUGCUGGAUGAACAUACUAAAAGGAGAAAGUCAGUGGAUAACACUGUUGAAAAGUCAACAAAGCUUGUUAUAGACAACUGGAAUCAACAAAUUAAGAUGAAAAAGAAGUUGAUGCGAUCUGCCAAAAACCAUGAAUCUAACUCUGAUUUGGUGGAGAACAACAAACAAAUAGUAUCUGAAAAAGAGAAAAGAAAGCUGUUGAAAAAAAUGAAAAAAUCAUCAGGGAUACUGACAAAAAUUGACCAGCGGUAUUAUGAACUAAACAGGGCUGGUGAGGACGUCAGACUCAAGUGGGAGUCUACAUUUGAACACUCUUAUCAGGUAAUAUAUGAUUUGGAAAAAGAAAAGAUAAGGCUGCUAUGUGACAUUUUAAACAAAUACAGUGAACAUAUCACUAGUUUUGGAAGAACACUCAUAGAACGUCAAAGUCAAAUUCAUGAAGCUGUACAAAAUAUCGACAUUGAGAAAGACAUUCAGAUAUUGUUGGACAACACAUCCAUUUUAUCAGAUGAAAACAAAACAGAAUUUCUUCUUACAGAUUAUUAUGAGGAAGAUGGCAGAAACACAAUGGAUAAGGAAAGAAGGAAGACUGCACUAGCACAGAAACUGCAAAGACUCCAGGAUGAUAUAAACAAAGUAAAGAAGGACAAAGAAGGGUUAGAAAAGAUGAUCAGUACAGGUUUCAAAAGUCCUUCAUUUUCAGAUCCACAGACUGAAGAAAAAACUGUCUCAAUGCGAGAUGAGGCAUCUCUGAAACUAAUUCUCUUGGAAUUAAAUUUCUACAAAAUUGCAUCAACUAUGGCAGAGCUAGAAGGAAAUCCUAAACCUUCUCAUCCAUUAAGCGAAAACAUCCUUAAAUGGAAAGAUAAGGAAUAUCAUCACAGCUUGGUGCAGGUAUCACGUUCAAUGAAGAUGAAAAAUGUGCAGUGUAAUAGAACGUUAAACUCUGCAUCUUCAGAUAGCAGGAGAGAUCACUACAAACACAGCCCCCAACAGACAUCUGAAGCCAUAUAUGUAAAUCAUACAAUUCAUUCAAAUCAUUCAGUGUCAGGAACGGAGCGAUUAGAAGUGGAUGCAAACUCACCUGACUAUGUAAUCAAUCCUGUUGAGGAGAUUGGAACAUGCAAAGCUCUAUAUGAUUAUCAGGCUGCCAGAGAUGAUGAACUUAACCUGAAACAAGGUGACAUACUUACUAUUUACAAAAAGGAUGCUACGGGAUGGUGGCUUGGCAGUUUGCAAGGAACAAAGGGCAUUUUCCCAGCUACCUAUGUAGAGGAAUUACCCCAAAUGGAAAAAAUCAGAUCAACAGAAGCAUAAAAUAGUUCAGACACUACCUGUCACUUAUUGUUGGAUGGCAACAGGGUGAUUUGGAAAACUUCUGAAAAGAAGAGUUGUAUUUUUUCAAUACAAUCCUGCAAACUUGAAUUAAUUUUUAUUUUAAAAUCUCACAAGUUUUGGACAAGGACUGUUUUAAAUCUUAAAUGUGGUCAUGUAAUUUAUGCUUGUGAACUGAAAAGCAAACACAUUAAUAGGCCAGAACUUAUUGCAGCUAGCAAACCAAUUUACUAUCACAAAGUUCUCUUGCAGAGUUACUGUAAGUGCAAGUGGAAAACCGUACCCUCUACAGGAUUUUUGGGACCAACAAAGAGAGCACACAAAACUAUCUCCUUCAUCACAUUGAACGUUAGAAUACUGCAGUCUGGACAAGAAGUUAAGUCAGAAUAACACUGUAAAUUUUAAAAUAGGUACUAAAAAUGAAAGAAACAGGGUUUAAGAAGUUUGGCUUGAUAGAAUCAAAACAAAGUUAAAAAAGUCUGCUUUUCAUUUAUGAAGGAAUUAGACAACUGUAAAAUACUCAGUAUCAGUGACAGUUUGUCAGUAAUUAAGACUAACCAUGCUAUUAAAAAGAAAACGUAGUCUGAAAUAGGCAAGCCCAAACUUUGUGGUAUGUCAAGUUUGUCUUUGCCAUGUAAUUGUAGUGAAGUCAUACCAUUUGAUGCACUUGAACGGGAGAGCAGACAUCAAGAUGUUAUUUUGAGCAGCACAAUGAGGACAGCGCAUCUUCAAUUUUCACAUUUUAACUGUUUCUAUGGUCAAGUAAAGUUGCUGUUCAAAUCGUGCAUUAA